UGGCCGCCCACGGCUCUAUUCCGCCCUCAAGUGGCCGCCCACGGCUCUCUCCCGCCCUCAAGUGGCCGCCCACGGCUCUCUCCCGCCCUCAAGUGGCCGCCCACGGCUCUCUCCCGCCCUCAAGUGGCCGCCCACGGCUCUCUCCCGCCCUCAAGUGGCCGCCCACGGCUCUAUCCCGCCCUCAAGUGGCCGCCCACGGCUCUAUCCCGCCCUCAAGUGGCCGCCCACGGCUCUCUCCCGCCCUCAAGUGGCCGCCCACGGCUCUAUACAGCCCUCAAGUGGCCGCCCACGGCUCUCUCCCGCCCGCAAGUGGCCGCCCACGGCUCUCUCCCGCCCGCAAGUGGCCGCCCACGGCUCUCUCCCGCCCGCAAGUGGCCGCCCACGGCUCUCUCCCGCCCUCAAGUGGCCGCCCACGGCUCUCUCCCGCCCUCAAGUGGCCGCCCACGGCUCUCUCCCGCCCUCAAGUGGCCGCCCACGGCUCUAUCCCGCCCUCAAGUGGCCGCCCACGGCUCUCUCCCGCCCUCAAGUGGCCGCCCACGGCUCCUCAAGUGGCCGCCCACGGCUCAAGCCCUCAAGUGGCCGCCCACGGCUCUCUCCCGCCCUCAAGUGGCCGCCCACGGCUCUCUCCCGCCCUCAAGUGGCUCUCUCCCGCCCCCGCCCACGGCUCCCGCCCUCAAGUGGCCGCCCACGGCUCUCUCCCGCCCUCAAGUGGCCGCCCACGGCCUAUCCCGCCCUCAAGUGGCCGCCCACGGCUCUCUCCCGCCCUCAAGUGGCCGCCCACGGCUCUAUACAGCCCUCAAGUGGCCGCCCACGGCUCUAUACAGCCCUCAAGUGGCCGCCCACGGCUCUAUCCCGCCCUCAAGUGGCCGCCCACGGCUCUCCUCCCGCCCUCAAGUGGCCGCCCACGGCUCUAUACAGCCCUCAAGUGGCCGCCCACCUCAAGUGGCCGCCCACGGCUCUCUCCCGCCCUCAAGUGGCCGCCCACGACUCUUUCCCGCCCUCAACUGGCCGCCCACGGCUCUCUACCGCCCUCAAGUGGCCGCCCACGGCUCUCUACCGCCCUCAA